AUGACAGAGCUUAGCCACACUGGUGCUGAGAUGUCCUGGGCAGAACCCGAUAUCGACUACACGGCGAUCCGAAUCUGGGACCUGGAAGAGGACCCAAAACCACCAACCAGCGCUAUGGCUCACGCCAACUGCUCCUGCUCCCGCAAGGACCAAGAUGGUAACCAUCGAGUCACCGCUGGCUCCUCCUCUUCCUCCGCCACGUCAUUCAUGCGUCAAAGAAGCCGUCCGAAGUACCGGCGCCUACAAGCGGACCUCGAGGCCCUGAGAUGGAGACUAGUUGAGGCGGAGUGGGAGGGGGGAGAUGGUACGACGGCUCAACCUCGGGUGGCUCAGGAGGUAUGCAGGGCGAAGUGCGGGACCUCUGGCAGGGGUACACGGGGCAACUGCACGUGCCGCGGACGAGGCAGCUCCGCGGGAGCCAUCCUCGUGGCGUCGCCAACCACGCUGGCAGCGCAGCUCCGCGUCGCUCGCGAGCGCACCGGCAGGUUUGCCAUGAAGCUCAACUCGUGGCGGUGCUAUGAGCCGCCGCGUUGGUGCUUGAACGAGGACCUGGGCAACGGCCCGAGCAACCUCGACCCGGUCAACCUUCUGACCAGCGAGAUCGGCUCUAUGACCUGGCUCCACAAGCCUGGCCUCCUGCACUCCAAGUAUCCCAUCUUCAUGGGGUGCCAAACAGGCCUGACAAGGUAUUUGCCUCGGUCCAGAGGCUUUGGAGAGCACCUCGACGAGAUGCGUGGCAUCCUCCGCCCGGUCUACGGGCCCGUGUGAACGUCGAGGUUUGGGCAGCUCGUUGGGG